AAGUGCUUCUCCAUCAUCCUAUUUUAAUACUUAUGACUACUCUCAAGAAGACAUAUCAUCUUACCUUAACAUCCAUGAUCAUAACGAUUAUAAUAAUCGUAAUGAUUGUAACGAUCAUAACGAUCAUAAUGAUUAUAACGAUAUUGCAAACAUUUCAGCAUUGUUUUAUUCAAAUAUAUACAAACAAGAUUUUGUAAAUACUUUGCCAUUACCUUAUUUUAAUGCCAACGAUUUUGAUCCAAUAAGUUCUUCUUGGCUGUCAACUAACAAUAAGUUAAUUAAAUCGGAUACAGAUGUUGAGACUCGACCAUGGAUGGAAUUUAAAACAUGGGAACUUUCUGAAUCAUACCUGAAUGAUUAUGUGAAACAAAAAGGAUUCAGUUUUCAUAAAUGA